AUGGAAAAGGAGUACAAGGAAGCCUACGGCGCCACCGAGCCCGCCGACGUCGAGUCCCGGGCUGUGGGCGAGACCUUUCCCCGCGACAUCGACUUCUCUCGCAUGAACCAUGAGGGCACCGCCAACCUGAUCUCCGAGCAUAAUCAGCUGGAGCGUGGUCUCAAGAGCCGGCACAUUCAGUUCCUUGCUCUGGGUGGCGCCAUUGGCACUGGUCUCUUCGUCGGCUCCGGCAGCAUCCUGUCCACCGUCGGCCCCGCCCCGCUCUUCAUGGGAUAUCUGUCAAUGAUGAUCGUCGUCUGGAACAUCAUGAACAAUUUGGGGGAGCUCGCAACAUACCUGCCGCUCAAGGGCAUCUCCAUCCCCUACUUCAUUGAGCGCUUUGUGGACCCUAGUCUCGCAUUCGCAACGGGCUAUAAUUAUUGGUACGCUUACGCCAUGCUCGUGGGCGCCGAGGCAUCUGCGGGAGCAAUUCUGCUCGACUACUGGAAGACGCCGGUGCCCCCCGCGGUUUGGAUUGCCAUCAUCCUGGCCAUCAUAUUAGCCCUCAACAUCUUCGCCGUGGAGAUCUUCGGCGAGGCCGAGUUCUGGUUUGCCAGCAUCAAGCUCAUCACCAUCCUGGGCCUGAUCUUGUGCAGCUUGGUUAUCAUCUUGGGUGGCGCCCCCGCCGAGGGUCGUAUUGGCUUCACGUACUGGAAGAAUCCGGGUGCCAUCAAGCCGUAUCUGGUCGACGGCAAUACUGGCAGAUUCCUAGCCUACUGGUCCGGCUUCGUGCGCGCCGGCUUCGCCUUCAUCACCUCGCCCGAGCUGAUCGCACUCGCCGCGGGUGAGACGGUUGCCCCCCGGCGCAACAUCCCCAAGGCGGCCCGCCGCUUCGUGUGGCGUCUGGCCAUCUUCUACGGCCUGGGCUCGCUGAUGAUCGGCGCCAUCGUCCCGUCGGACGACGACCGUCUGCUCAGCGCCGAGUCGAACGCCAGCGCGUCCCCAUGGGUCAUUGGCAUCCAGCGCGCGGGCAUCGGCGGCCUCAACCACGUCAUCAACGUGGCCAUCCUGAGCUCGGCCUGGUCCGCCGGCAACGCCUUCCUCUAUUCGGGCAGCCGUAUCCUCUACUCGCUGGCGCUCAACAAGCAGGCGCCUGCCAUGUUCACCAAGACGACGAGGCGCGGGGUGCCCUACGCGGCGGUGCUCGCGACCUGGUCGAUCGGGCUGCUCUCGUUCCUGACGGUGGGGAGCAACACGGGCGAGGUCUUCACGUGGUUCAUGAACAUCUGCACCAUCUCGGGGCUGAUCGCGUGGAUCGUCGUCAUGAUCGCGUACCUGCGGUUCCGCAAGGCGAUGAUCUACCACAAGAUGAUGGACCGGCUGCCGUUCAAGACGCCUCUGCAGCCCUACUUCACCUACUUCAUCCUCUUCCUGCUGACGCUGCUCACCCUCACCAACGGCUUCCAAGUCUUCUUCCCCGGCCACUGGAGCGUCCAGGACUUCCUCGCGGCGUACAUCACCCUGCCCAUCUUCCUAGCUCUGUACAUCGGCCACAAGAUCUGGUUCCGCACUCCGCUGGCGCGCAAGAUUGAGGAUGUGGAUGUUAUUACUGGGGUGUCCGAGAUGGAGGACUUGGCGGCCCUGGACGAGCCGCCGGUGGCGAAGAACGUGUGGCAGAAGAUUUGGUUCUGGUUGGCUUAA